CCUCCUAUUUAACCCACACUCUUACGUAUUUGCUGGUGCGGUGCAGCACCUUCCUGCCCUCCCCAAAACUGAAAAAAACAAAAAAUUCAAAAAACUAUUUUAUUUUUCAGUUUCUCCGCCGCCAUCCUCCGCCGCUACCUACCUCCGUUCCGAUCUGCGGCGGCACUAUCCCUAGCCUAUUUACACGCGCACGGAAGCAAAAUCAAAAAAAUUAUUUAGAAUUUUUUCCGAGUUUUCUUCGCGAGAAGUGGUUAGGGUUUAGUUUAUCUGAGUUUCAUCUAUCUAUCAUUAUCAUCAAUUUGAGGCGGUGAUGGCGCAGAUUCAGGUGCAGCAUCAGGGUCCCGUGUCGACUCCUCCCAACGGCGUAGCUACUGCUCAGAACGCCAACCAGUUCGUGACCACGUCGUUGUACGUUGGGGAUCUUGACCAGAAUGUCAACGAUUCCCAGCUCUACGAUCUGUUCAACCAGGUUGGCCAAGUCGUUUCGGUUAGGGUUUGCAGGGACUUGACUACUCGUCGUUCACUCGGUUACGGCUAUGUUAAUUACAGUAACCCUCAGGAUGCGGCAAGGGCAUUGGAUGUGCUGAAUUUCACUCCACUGAACAACAAACCUAUUAGGAUCAUGUAUUCUCACCGGGAUCCCAGUAUUCGGAAGAGUGGUACUGCUAAUAUUUUUAUCAAGAAUUUGGAUAAGGCUAUUGAUCACAAAGCCUUACAUGAUACUUUUUCUUCUUUUGGACACAUUCUUUCUUGCAAAAUAGCAACUGACACUUCUGGCCAGUCUAAAGGCUAUGGUUUUGUUCAGUUUGACAACGAAGAGUCUGCACAGAAUGCAAUUGACAAGUUGAAUGGAAUGCUCAUCAAUGAUAAACAGGUUUAUGUAGGUCAUUUCCUACGAAAGCAGGAUAGAGAGAAUGCUCUCAAUAAGACAAAAUUCAAUAAUGUCUAUGUGAAAAACCUAACGGAUUCAAUCACGGAUGAUGAGUUGAAGAACAUUUUUGGAGAGUUUGGGACUAUUACUAGUGCUGUAGUAAUGAGAGAAGCUGAUGGUAAAUCAAAAUGUUUUGGUUUUGUAAAUUUUGAGAACCCAGAUGAUGCUGCUAAAGCUGUUGAGGCUCUUAACGGGAAGAAGUUUGAUGACAAGGAGUGGUAUGUUGGAAAAGCCCAAAAAAAAUCUGAACGAGAACAGGAACUGAAAGGACGAUUUGAGCAGAGCAUAAAGGAAGCUGCUGACAAAUAUCAAGGUGUGAACUUGUAUCUUAAGAACUUGGAUGAUACCAUCAGUGAUGAAAAACUUAAAGAAUUGUUCUCUGAGUUUGGCACUAUAACUUCAUGCAAGGUUAUGCGAGACCCAAAUGGAAUCAGUAGAGGAUCAGGAUUUGUUGCAUUUUCAACAACUGAGGAGGCUUCUCGAGCUCUUGGAGAGAUGAAUGGUAAAAUGAUUGCUGGGAAACCUCUGUAUGUUGCCCUUGCACAGAGGAAAGAAGAGAGAAGAGCAAGGUUGCAGGCACAAUUUUCACAGAUGAGGCCUGUUGCAAUUACACCUUCUGUUGCACCCCGCAUGCCACUCUACCCUCCUGGUGCUCCUGGUUUAGGACAACAAUUUUUGUAUGGCCAAGGACCUCCAGCCAUGAUUCCUCCACAAGCUGGAUUUGGUUACCAGCAACAACUAGUACCUGGAAUGAGGCCUGGUGGUGCUCCAAUGCCAAGCUUCUUUGUUCCUCUUGUUCAACAGGGCCAACAAGGGCAGCGCCCUGGAGGACGCCGUGGAGCAGGCCCUGUGCAACAACCCCAGCAGGCAGUGCCAAUGAUGCAGCAGCAGAUGCUUCCAAGGGGACGCGUCUAUCGUUACCCUCCUGGCCGCAACAUGCAAGAAGUUCCACUUCCAGGAGUAGCUGGAGGAAUGCUGUCAGUCCCUUAUGACAUGGGUGGUCUGCCAAUCCGUGAUGCUGUGGGACAGCCAAUGCCUAUUCAAGCAUUGGCUACAGCCCUUGCAAAUGCUCCUCCUGAACAGCAGAGGACUAUGCUUGGUGAAGCUUUAUACCCGCUUGUGGAUCAGCUGGAACAUGAUGCAGCAGCAAAGGUUACAGGCAUGCUUUUGGAGAUGGAUCAGCCUGAAGUACUGCAUCUGAUUGAGUCACCAGAUGCUCUCAAGUCAAAAGUUGCUGAAGCCAUGGAUGUGUUGAGAAAUGUUGCUCAACAGCAAGCCAAUAGCCCAGCCGAUCAACUAGCCUCACUCUCUCUAAACGACAAUCUUGUGUCUUAGAUUCUUAGUCUUUUGACAGGAAUCUGCACUUUAGUUAUGCUUUACUUCCAGUUUAUUUGCAUUUCUCUUAGGUAUUUGAUGUUUUAGUCAGUACUAAAGCUUUGUUAUGCUUGCUUUUUUAUGCUUUCACAUUUUGUUUAUUUAUUUUCGUUUCUGGCUUGCUGUAGGAUUAUAGCAUAGCUUGUUUGAUUUGUUAUUUUAUGGAUUUAUUUAAAUUGUUUGCUUUUAUUUAGAUUAUUCGUCCUAAUUAAACUUAAGUUUUGAAUGUAUGGGUGUACUAGGUCGAAGCUAGUAAAUUUUAUUAACUUUGCGAUGUACAUUAAAUUUUCAAAUGAUCUUAUAUU